AUACGCAUCCAUCCAUUAGUUUUCAAGAAGAAUAUAUCUGUUCGGCCAACGAGAAAAUAAUGGGAAAAGAUCACCAAGAUCUGGGUUUAAGUCUAAGCUUGAGCUUCCCUCAGAACCAUCUUCAGCCGAAUCUUAGUCCCUCUGUCGCUCUAUCUUCUGCUUCUGAUACUAUCCCGGAAUCUUUGCCGGUCGAGAGUAGUACUAAAUUGUUUCUCGGAGGAAUCGACGUAAAUAGGGUUCCGUCAACGGCCGAUUGCGAAGAAGAAGCCGGAGUUUCGUCCCCAAACAGCACGAUAUCGAGUAGUGUGAGCGGGAAAAGGAGCGAAAGAGAAGGAAACAACGGCAGCAACGAGCUCGAGCUCGAAAGAGCUUCCUCUCAUGGCGUCAGUGACGAAGAAGAUGGCGACACUUCGAGGAAGAAACUUAGGCUUUCUAAGGACCAGUCCGCGAUUCUCGAAGAAUGCUUUAAAGAACACCACACUCUCAACCCAAAGCAAAAGUUGGCUUUGGCUAAGCAGCUGGGUUUACGACCAAGACAAGUCGAAGUUUGGUUCCAAAACAGAAGGGCAAGGACUAAGCUUAAGCAAACUGAAGUUGACUGCGAGUUCCUGAAGAGAUGGUUUGAGAAUCUGACGGAGGAGAACAGGCGGUUGCAGAAAGAGGUACAUGGGCUGAGAGCACUGAAACUUUCCCCGCAGUUCUACAUGCAAAUGAACCCACCAACCACGCUCACCAUGUGCCCAUCAUGUGAGAGGGUGGGGGUCCCACCAAACGCAUCAUCCACCGUUGAUCCACGGUCUCAUCACCACAGGCACCACAUCCCGAUCAAUCACUGGGCCCCAUCUGCCCCCAUCCGUCAUAGAGCGUUCGAUGCACUUCGUCCUCGAUCGUAAUUACAAACCGAGUUCGAAGGACGUUUCGGUCAAAAUCCCCUUGUUCAAAGGUUUCUAGGUCUAAGACAUGUUUAAUUAAUUUUUGGUGUUAAAUUUAUAACUAGUGAGGCUAGUUGAGUCUAAGCGUAAAGUGUUAGUUCAACCAACGCUUUUAAAAAGCACAUGUUGUGUUCCAAAUUUCACUUCCAAUAUAUAAGGGAUAGCUCUCCUUUUUUUUU